AUGCAUAUCUUGUCAUUCAAUUGGAAUUGUAUAGUAGAUGCAUACGAAUCAUCAUUCAUACUGAAAGACGAAAAUAUCCAACUUAAAAAACAACUAAGAGAAAAAGAAGAUGCUGCUAAAAGAUUAGCUACAAAAGUUCAGAAACUAACCCAAGAUUUAUCACACCAGCGUACAACUGGCGUUUUACAGAGUAAUUUAAAUUUGCAUUCGAUUCUAGAAUACUCUGGACCGAGGGAACCAGAUAUAAGCAGAAGAGAUGCACGAGAUACACAGGAGCUUGUCAACGAACUUCGAAAACAAGUCGAGUAUCUUGGAAAAAACAAUUCAACGCUAAAGACUAAACUUGGAUUUUUUAAAACACUCCAUGAAGCUGAAACUCGAAAAAGAACACCUUACGAUCAUAUUCCUCCUCGUGUGGUCACUUCAAGUCGAACACCAGCUGGAAAAGGAAUUCGUCAUGGCUUUAAAAGUACUACUCCAACACAAAACUACGAAGAGUUGACACUAGAGCUACAACAACAACAGCAACUGAUUGGAGCGUUACGAGGAAAAUUGGCGGAAACAGAUCGUGAAUUGAAAAUAUCUAAAGAAUCUGUUGAUCAGAUUCAAACAGACCAUGCAAAAAAGCAGCAUCAGGACGAUAUUGAUCGAAUGGCCUUGCAGUUUGAAAUCAACGAGCAAAACAAACACAUUGCAGGGAUUAAAGAAAAAUACGAUUCAUUAGAUGAAGCGCAUCGACUUCUUACAGCAUCUCAUAAUGAACUUGCCAAUGUUAGUGAAGAUCUAAGCAAAAAAUUGCAAGUUGAGAGGCAAAAGGCAGAUCAUUUAGAGCAUACUUUGCAAAAUAGUGCAAUUCAGCAUCAAGCAGAAUCAGAGCUUUUGUCAAUAAUAGAAGAUUUACGCAAGGAAAAGUGUCUGGUUGAAGAGGAACUUCAAAAAGUGUUGAAAAUUCAAUUCAAUACCAAUCGUAGUCAAGAGUACCAGCAGGAAAUACUAAAGCUUAAACGACAGCUUGCUGAUUAUGGAGUCCAAGUUCAGGGGUUACUGGAUGAUAAAGUUGGACUAAACAAGAACGUUGAGGAUUUGAAUGCCAAAUUAGAACAGCUUAAAAAAGACAAAAUAGAUUCAGAUGCAUCACUAUAUAAUGCGCAACAUGAAAUUGAAUCUCUCAAAGAGCAACUAAAACUAUUUAGUCGUAAUGGUGAAAUCUCUUUAAAUGACAUAGAAGAAGCUCUUACCAUGGUCAGGCUCAAGCGCGAACGAGGAUUAACACUUGAUUUCUUAAUUCAGCUUGAUACGGCUGCCAAAGAUACCAAGGCACUUCAACUUCUUCGCGUUCAGUUUGCAGAUUGUGCACAGGAACUGGAGAAAUCAACUAAAUUACUGAUGAUCCAAGAGAGUAUCAAUCGCGAUUUGAAAGUAGAACUUGCACAGUUUCAAAAGCAAUUCACUUGCUUGAAAAAUGAGUACGAGCUGCGCCUUGAAGAAGAUUCUCAACUACUAGAUCUUCGUGGUCAACGUAUUGCAGCACUUGAAUCUCAAAUCAAGGACAUAGUAUAUGGCGUAGCAAAAUUACCGCCAGGAAUUGAUUUCCCGAAACAGGAUGACGUAUCAUCAUUUGACUCGCUUGUUCAGGGUCAAACCGCUAUAGAGAUCAAUAUUGAUACAGGACUGUUUUCAAAAGAGGGACAACAACAUUUACUACAAACUUUGCCUGUUCUUCAAAAUGUUGGAGACAGUAUCACCAUGUUUGUUGCUGUCGACUUUUUCGAGUUUGAAACCGAGUUUUCUGGCCUUGAAAAGUGCAUCCAACUGACAAUGGUUACAAUGAUUGCCAACAGUCAGGUAAAUCUAAAAGAGUUUUUGGAUGUUGAAGCAUGUACUAAGCGAAAAUACUAUGCAGAUAUUAUGGCGGCGGACAAGAAUACAAUUAUAGGAAAGCUUGAUUUUACGGUGCAGAUGCUAGUACCAAUGACACUUGCAGUUCGUGCAUUUAAAGAGCGUACAGUGGCUCUUAAUCUAUUAAAAAUUAAUGAUUCGACUGUCAAAUGGGACACACAUAAAUCUCGGGAAAAACUAAAUGAGCUUGUGAUUACUUUAAAAUCUGGCGAAUUUCUUAAAACUGGUCCUACUACUGGAGAGCCAAAAAUAUAUGGAGUCAUUUUCUUUGGAUUUCAUACUCCUGUAUUUACCACUCCGACUGUCUGUGGAACACAUAUUCCAACUUUCAACCUUGUGCAUACGAUCCCGUUGAUUAUGUCUUCUGAUUUGGAUCGGUAUCUAAGAACUGAAAAGUGUGAGAUUGUGUUUUGCGAUGAAGACUAUGAUAUAUUCUAUGGAAAAGCCACCAUAUAUCUUGACCCGUUAUCUCGCGGUGAGGCUAUUGAACUUGUUUCGGAGCUACAGAGUGAGCGUGGCUCGUCUUGUGGAACCAUUUCACUGUCUAUGAAAUGGAAAGAUGAGUAUUUCAUUGACGCGACGCCGAUUGUUUCACUUUACGAGUUUCAACGCAAAGUAGACGAACCUCAACUUGCAUCAUCUAUUGUAAUGGGUGAGCCCGAUGAAAAGCAAGCCUGUCAAUCCGAUCAAUCACCUUUGCCUCCUUUACCCGUGGUAGCACUUGAAAAGAUCAACGACAUGCCAUUAUCUGAUCAGGAUAGAAAGCUUAUUCCGCAUACUAGCAGUAUACAUGUCAAGGUUCAUAGUUUUGAAAUGGAUUUGGACAAUCCUGCAGUGAAAACGUAUUUUUCAAACAUAACUCAAGUAUUUGUCAGUUUUGAUUUUCUGGGAUAUCCACUCGAAGAUAUGGAAACCAAAUCAGUUGUUUUAGGAGAUUCCAGUAUCGUAUCAUUUGACUAUUCCAAAGAUUUUUUACUGGAUGCAACAUCGCAUUCCAAACAUCGACAUGGAUUGAUUGAAUUACUAAAGUCGGCAAAUCGUGCCAAGGAUUCAGCCAUCAAGAGUCCUGAGAUUGCAUUUACAAUUGUACAAGAACCAUCUGAUGUGCAGAAUGGGAAUGAAAAUCAAGAAUGUGUUGAUGUUGGUUUCUGUACGCUCGGCUGGGAUUUUCUUGUUCAAAGUAGUGCAUCCAACAAAAAUGGACCAAUUGAAGUCAAGUUGGCAGCAGUCGAUUCCAGUGGUUUAUUAAAUCUCGGAAACCUCUUGGUUUCUAUUCACAUCAGUGAGGAUGUUUUUCAAGGGGCAGAAGUCGGAGCCUAG